GUGAUUUUUUGGAUUUUGGAUUUUGGAGCACUUUCCUCGAGUCAACAAUAAUGGCAACACGACAAUUGAAGGCAAUUGCACGCCUCCAUUCUGCAAAAUUACUGCUGCCCCGGAUUCGUACCCCUGUCUAUGGAUCUUCCGUACCAAAUUGCGCAUUACAUACCAGCGCUCGGACACCACAAGCUCAACCUGUUUCUGCAGGCAAACACAGUUCCGCGUUCAGCCAGGGUCAAUCUACUAGCCACAUAUACGAUGUAGUUAUAGUAGGUGGUGGGGUUGCUGGAACAGCCCUAGCAUGCUCUUUGGCUAGUAAACCCGAAUUUCACUCCAAAAAAAUCGCAUUGAUUGAGGCUUUUGACUUGGCGCCUGUCAAAAACUGGACGCCUUCAGAAAAUGUAUAUUCAAAUAGAGUUGUGUCGUUGACACCUUCAUCUGUUAGUCUGCUUAAAGAUAUCGACGUUUGGCGGCACUUACACCAGGAUCGUAUUAAACCAUAUGAUGAUAUGCAAGUUUGGGACGCUAUAUCCGGAGCAAGGGUCGAAUUCAACACGUCCAUGUUAGGGCAAGGGUCUGCAGAUAUACCCAUUGCAUGGAUGAUAGAGAACGUGCACUUGCAAAAUGGCAUUCUUGCCAGUGUCGCUGAGCACAACUCAAAAGGCGCAAAGAUGGAAAUAAUCGAGAAAAUUAAGGUCUCCAAUAUAUCAUAUGAAAAGAACACGGAUGACAGCGCAACCGGAUUCGAUUUAUCGGAUUGGCCCACCGUUGAACUUAGUAAUGGCCAAAAGCUGAAAACCAGAUUGUUGGUUGGUGCAGAUGGUGCCAAUUCCCCUGUACGAAAUUUCGCGAACAUCAAUUCUCUCGGAUGGGACUACGAUACACAUGCAGUUGUGGCCACCCUUGAUAUGGAUCCGCUCAGAAGCAAUGAUACUGCAUGGCAGAGAUUUCUCCCUACCGGCCCUAUUGCCAUCCUUCCUCUUAAAAAUGGUGUAUCGUCAAUGGUAUGGUCAACCAAACCACAUUUGGCUGCGGCCAUCAAAGCCUUACCGGAAGACAGCUUUUGCCAUCUUGUAAAUGCAGCACUCCGUCUAUCGACAGCUGACCUGAAAUUUCUGUACCAAGAGUUGGUGGAAAAUCCCGAGUCUUUUGGAAGUCUUAUUAAGGAGGAAUUAACAUGGAGGGAGAGCGUCAAACUGAAGUCCAAGACGGAUUCUGAAAUGAGGGAAAUUGAAUUUUCAGUGCCUCCUAACGUUGUGGGAGUACAAAAAAACAGCCGUGCAGGUUUCCCUUUGCGACUGAGAAAUGCUGAAAGGUAUAUCGCAGAUAGAGUCGCACUUGUUGGUGAUGCAGCACAUACCAUACAUCCACUUGCUGGGCAGGGCCUUAACCAAGGCUUAUUAGAUGUUCAAAAGCUCUCUGAAGUGUUGAAAAUGGGUGUGAGAAAUGGGGAAGACAUAGGUCAUAUACAUCUCUUGAGUCACUACGCUUCCAACAGGUACGGUCGCAAUGUUGCUAUGCUGAGUGCUUGUGACAAGAUACAUCGUUUGUUCGGCACGGAGCUUGCUCCAAUAGUGUGGGCAAGGUCGUUUGGAUUCAAUGCUGUUAAUGCAUUCGAACCAGUUAAGGCCGAAAUCAUGAAGUACGCUAUGGGUCUCGAACAAUCCACAAGCGACGUUAAAAGAAGUACUGAUCAUAAUUAGUAUUGCGCACCAUAGAAAAUAAAAUACAAUAUUUUA